AUGUGUCACUUGUUUAUCUCACUCGCGGGCACACGAAAUAACGGUCAUCAGCAGGCAAUUUGUCCCUCUUCGCGUACGGCCGUCCGUCGCCUUUGUCCUCUGUCACACUGUGUAAUAAGAUUUAUCCUGGGUGAUUCAUCUAAAAAAAUUAUGGUUAAUGAAAAUGUCAAGCAACCAACAUUUGUGAUGGUGAAAGUGUGUGAUGCAGCAAAAGGCGGUAAGAAGUGGUCUAAAAUACCUAAAUGUGUGCUUUAUGAAUGCAUCUACUCAGCUGAAGGUGAUUUCCAAUGUGAACUGGAUAUUCUUGUGACUGAAAUGCCAUACUUUAAAGAGUUUCUGAUGAAGGACGACCAGUUUAUUAAUGGAGUUGAAAUACUUGUUCACUGUGACCUGAACAUUUUUGAAUGGCUUCUAUCAUAUGCCAGAAGAAACAUUGAACCCACUGCUUAUCAAGAGUGUUCCUUGUCAACAACUAACGUGCUUGCGUUAUUAGUUUCAUCCAACUUUUUGAAAAUGCAAUGCCUGAUAUCCGAGUGCCUGGACUAUUUUUGUAAACACGCAAGUACGAUUAUUGCUAGCCCUUUCUCUUUGGAUUGUCUUAAUGACAGUUUGAUUGGACGCAUUGCUUCUGGAAUGGACCUAGAACAACUGGACAAGAUUAAGGAUAAGAAAGAUAAACUGAAAAGCAAAUUGUAUAUUAAGAAGCUAGAACACUUGUUUGAUCCCGCAUAUCGCACAUCAGACUGUCCAAAUAAUGCUGCAUAUCUGUAUAAAUGUCUUGUGUGUGACAAAGUUCUGACAAGAGAAACAUCAGUUCUAGUCCCAUGCCUCCCAAAUCGUUUUAUAGUUGGUCAAAUGGGCAAUAUAGUUCCUGUACACUAUCCCACAGCACUCAGCACAAACAUAUCCACAAUACCAACGGAUGUACGAACUCGAAAAAAGGAGGACAGUGACUGCGCUGCAUAUCUGCGUACACCAACUUCAGUCAUGUCAAAUUUACCUGGUAGAUCUAUUUCAACACCAAAUAUUAUUACAAAUACAACGACCAUACUUGGCGAUAGCAUAUUUCCAGGCUUUUCAUGGACGGAAUUGUUAAGACAGUGGUAUACAGAAUUAGGGAAUUGGCGUUCCGUUUACUGGAAGUUAUGGGCUACUGUAAAUCUUCAAUCAUGUAAACGGUGUGGAAGACAAUUCCCAAUUAUUGAACUAGGUGAUGGUUGUUUUUACCACCCCAUGGAACCUAUACCAUUCCAAUCAGACCAAUUAAUUAAUGAAAAUCACUCGAAAACAGCGAAAUCAAUAUUUACCAGAACAACAGAAAAAUUUCAGUCCCCUGAUUGUAAUGCGUUUAAACAAGACAAAACACCAAAUCAUCAGACAAAUUCAGAUUCUAGCGGAUUUUCCAAAAAUCAAAUGAAACCUGAUCUAAUUCAUCCAUGCUGUGGAUUUGGUUUGUCAAGAUUCAAUCUCCUUCCAAUUCAAACUGGAUGUCACAGAAAUGAACAUAUUUUGGACGAAGAAUCUUCAGAUCCUGUAACAAAAUUAUGUAUUCAACAUCGUGAAAUGAUUAUAUCAUGGGCAUCAAAGCGUUCAUUCAAUCCACAUAAUGCACCUGGUCUGAUGACUGUUGGAGGUUAUUCUUAUCAUUCAGUUGACCUCAAUCAAAUUAUAUUUAAUAAGGAUAUUAUUCAUACAGCUCCAGCAUUUACUCUAUUAACUUGCUUAGAUAAACAACUGAAUGAAGAUAAAACAAGCAUAUUUGGUCCUAUUCGAUUGACUAUUAAUAAUCAGUCUUCAGAGUCAACAUAUGAAACAUUAUCUGCUGAUCAGUCAAAACAGACUUUUAUAAAAUCAAAAGUUGAAGAAAAGGAUAGUAAUAAAGAGAGCUGUAUUCCACCAGUAGUACAUUCUGAAAAUCUAUUAUCGUCUACAUUCAGUGAACGUCUGUGGGAUGCUACAAAAUGCAAUCGAAUAAAUCAAGAUAACCAACGUCAAGAGGAUCUACGUCGAAUGCAAAGAAUAAAUGAAUUUGUAUGCGCACAACGUCAAAUAACUUCCACAAGUUCAGAUAGUACAGUUUCAAGAGAACUUCCCGGCGGGAUAUAUUUGCGUUUAGAAAAACAAUGGCGUUCACAGACCGGUUUAGCGCAAACAAAGCCUCCAACAUAUUCUACACGAAAGAUGAAACUACAAAGCACUGCACUUCCUUUUAGAUAA